AUGGCUUCCACCUACUACGUCCAAUCCUCCCCCUUCAAUUCUUCCCCUCCAAGGCCGCGGCAGCAGCAGCAGCAGCAACAACAACAACUGCAAAAGAGAAAGAUGAGCCUCACGCAGACCUACUAUCUCGCCCACACCGCCCGGGGCAAGCUCUCCAGGGAGGCUGCCCGGGCCGACCACGACCUCCGCCUGCUCGUCGGCCACGCAAACCUCCUCGAUUCCUUGAUGCUGGAGCUUGCCAAUGCAGAGAAGGAGCAGGAGCGAUGGUUCAACCGCUCCGUCAACAGUGCCACCAAGUCUUCUCAAGACGAGCGGCCCAGCCACAUCCGAUGGGCUGAUAACCUCGUCGAGGAGCCCGAGGAAGACUGGUCCUCGGAAGAGGACUCGGACGCAGAGUCGGAUAUGAGCGACUCGGAUCUGGAGGAGGAGGACAUGACUGUCCACACCGCGUCUGCCACGCCCUUCCGCCGUCCUCCCUCCCCGGUCGCCAUCAUCACAGAGCAGGAGGUGUCAGAUUCCGAGUCGGAUACAGAUGAAGAGGAAGAGGAGGAGGACGAAGACUUUGAGUUCGAGUUUGAAGACCUCGCCUUGAGACGAUCGCCCUCCCGGCAGUCGCCGCCUGAGCUGUUGGAAGACCUCGACGACGACUCGGAGGAAGACACGACACCACCAUCACCACCGCAAUCCGCAUACGAUGACUUUACGUCGUCCGAGAAGGAGCCGUCGGUGUCAACGAUGGCUCUCUACCACGACCAACAUCCCGCCAAGAGGGCCGAGCUGGCUCUCCCAGAUUCAGAACAGUCACCCAUGUUCGGGCAAGGAUACUAUGUAUCCUCGCGACUGCAGGGCACGAUGAUACCGGCGUACUAG